GAAGCGUGAACUCUGACCCCAAUUAGCAUCCGCCUUGCUAUUCAACUCAAGUAGGAGGAAACGGUCGAGGUCAUAACAGUGAUCUUGAAGGAGUGGAAGCACCAACAUACACACUAAGUCAAGUGUAGACUGGAAGUUGACUUAUGACUUGAUUGUGUAGCUGGGGAAUGUGUUACGAUGUACUGGCAAUACAGAAAAUGAUCUAGCUACUUUUAAGUACCCUUUUGUGGGCAUUGACUGGCGUAUCCAACAUGGAGGUAUCAACAACCACGCCCACUCCAAACACUGAUCAUCAAAGGACAACUAUGCUGCCAUCUAUUGUCUUUCUCUCCAUAUUAAGCCUGGUUGGAUUGAUCGGGAAUUCCCUCAUUCUCUUCGUGUACUUUCGGAAAUUCCCAAGAACCUCGACAAAUGUCUUCAUCGUGGCCAUUGCUUGUUUCGAUUUGAUUAUCAAUGUGUUUAUUAUACCAGGGGAGUUAAUCUCGAUCCUACAUCACUGGGACACAAGUCCGAGAGUCUUCUGUAAGGUACUGAUGUAUUUCAGUGCCUUCACCUUUAUACUGUCGGCCAUGUCGUUGGUAGCAGUGGCCGUAGCUAGAUUUACUCAGAGUUUUAAGGAAGUAAAAAAAACAAUGACUAUUCGAGAUGCGAGGUUCUUAUGUUUAGUCAUUAUCGCUGCCGCCCUUGUCUUUGCGACUCCAUACGCCAUUGUGAAUGGCCACCACAAGAAAAUAUUGGAUAGUAUAGAUGUGUCAGAGUGCGGGGUGGAUGACGCUUUUGCAGCUGACUCCAUAUGGCCGCUCGCCAACGCCUCCUUUCUCAUCGUCCUCUUUCUCACCUGCUGCCUGCCUCUCCUGGUGCUCUACCUCCUCAUCUGCUGCAAGGUCUGGAUGAGCGAAGGUCGAGCAAAGGUCAAUGCAGCCGAGAGAAACAACACGGGCGAUGACCCCAGAGGCAGCCUCCCAGUUGUCAGUCCGAGGUCGAGGUCAUACAUCAAAAAGAAACCAGGACAUUCUGGACAAACGUCAGACGACACAGGCCAAUCAGGAGACAAGCUUGGUGCUCCAAAUCGUCUUGACGAGAAGGGUGAGGACAACGUCAUCGAAUAUCUCGAUGAAAGUAAAGAAGAUGCCAGAGAAGGAGGCAUCUACCAGGCUCGAAUGAUCAGAGCGCCAACGGGGGAAAAGGUCACUGUCAAUCUAUCUAUGGUCAGAGAGCUGACUGUCAAGCUGAAAGCAGUCCAAAAGCAAGUCCAGGAACGGCAAGCGAAAGAGAGUGAUCAGGAGACAGACAACGGCGACCAAGUUGACCACUCUUUAAAAGAAGAUGCCUUUAUAAAUAAUAACAACGGUAAACCUGAAAAGAUUAUUCCAACAACAAAACAAAGCACAAACGAGGAACCGGUGCAAAGUCAAAGUGACAUGAAAGAAAAUAAAGAUGAUUCAAAAGAUCAUCAAAAUGAUUUGAAAGAUCUACAAGAAAAUCACCAAAAAGAUCUACAAGACGGUCAUCAAAAAGGUCUACAAGGGGAUCUCCAAAGCAGGAGCGUAACAGAAGAUGCUAAUGAAACUGAUAAAAAGUUUAUCUCUCAAAGCAACUUAAAUGACAAUCAAAACAUGAGCCAAGAACAAACUAAUAACCAGAAUCUUGAACAAAAUCAAAACGAUGAUUUCACAGACAAAAACCAAGAUAAGAAAACAAGUGAAAGCUCUAAAUCUGAAACGGGUGAAAUAGAAAAGCAACAACCGGAAAAGCUAAAUCUGGACAUCCCAGUAGAAUCAGCCAAGGAAUCGGAAAACAAGCCUGACCCGAGUUCUCCCCUUCCCAGCGAUUUCGCCAAGGCCAUGCAAUGGGUGGACAUCACUUAUUGCCAGCAGCCCGAUCACAAGGUUUCGGAAGCAGACGAAGAAGGCUGCGGUGAUUCCUCAGUGGGUCUGAUGAAAAAAGGCUCCUUCAUGUCCUCGCGCAAGGUCUCGCGUGACAACAGCUUUCUCAGGAAACACCGCAAGCUGAGGGACGCAUUGACCGACACGCUGACCCGCGCCAGAAAGACAAAAAAAGACAGAGACGAUAAAAAUGGCAGCUGCAUCGACAUCAGCGAUAAGAACAACGACAGGAUCUCGGAGGACGUCAACGAUACGGAAAACGUCGACGACAGUCUCAACGCUGUGGAAACAGACGCCACGGUGUUCAACAAAAACGAGACCCACGCUGCAGACUCCUCCGUCGCUUUGGGUGACAACAAGCAAACGGAAAUUCCCAAAAACGAUGACUCCCAAGGAAGCGGAAAUGACGACGAUGGCCUUGAUAAGCGUGGGCUAGGUGCAACAACAUGGAUGCUCCUGAUUGCCAGCCUUAUUUUUAUCAUUGUUUCGCUUCCGUACCUGGCGUUGAAUUUUACCAUAUCUAAAUCCCCGAGUGCUUUUAGCUCCGCCACCGACACAGGCAAGUCUAUGUACAAUGUUUUCAUUCGAGCACACUUGCUGAACAGUGCUGUAAAGCCAAUCAUAUACACAAUCUGUAAUGCGAAGUUUAGGAGACACUGUGGGAGGAUUCAUAAACAUUCCUAAGUGUACGAGAGAAAGAGAGAUUUAGCAAGAGAAAGAGAAAGUGAGAGAGAAAGAAAGAAGUUCAUACCUCUUUCUAAUUGCCACAGAUAGAAAGUGAGAUAAAGAAAUUCUAAUUUCCAAAAUGAAAUUGAGAAAGAGAGAGAGAGAGAGAAAAAAAAAGAAUAAGGUUCAAACCGGUUUCUAACGUCAAAGAGAGAGAGAGAGAAAGGAAAAAAAGAUACUGCUUAUCACUAUUCUUCAAAUGUUUGUCACGCGGCCGUUGUAAGAGUUUCUCUGAUGUCUCUCUUUCAGAAGUCUUUGAGUGAAAUCUGCUUUCCUCAAUGCCGGGACAACCUGGCGCCUGAGUUGGUCGUUAGAGUGAACGACAAGCUAAGCUCAGACACUCAAUUACUAAGAGCUCUAAAAUGAAGCUUGCAAACGCUACAAGUGCAAAGGAAAAAAAUAUUAUGCAUGAUAGGGGGCACCAGAACUGGUACAUCAAUUAGUAUUUAAAGUAAGGACUUAAACAUAGCUGUUAUAUACAGCACCAUUGCUAACAUAGAAUUUAAAUUUAAAUAUUUUUUUCCCUUAAUCGAAUGUGAAAGUGGAAAACCAAGAGAGAGGAUAUUUGGGUUGUUUUUUUUUUGUUUGCUUUUUUUUUAUUUUUGCUAAGAUGGGUGAUGAUUUUACUUUUAAAUGUAUCUUUAUAGCAAACACUUUUUUUUAAAAAAAAGUUACAUUUUGUCAUGAUGUGUACACAUUUUUCCAGUUUCGUUAUCUGUUUCAAAAUUCCAUUUUUUUUUUAAAUUUCUUUUCUUAUCGUUAUAUAAGGCGGCCAACACCGGUCUGACGUCACGACCUGUGACGUGGCAACGAGCUAUUGGUCUAAACUGCCCACAGGUUGCGACGUUGCAGGUCAGUGUUCGGGCCUUCCAUAAGGAUUGGUCUCGCUCUAGUAGAGAUCGUUAAGGGCAUGUCAGCAUGAUCAGGGAAGGGAACAAAAAUGUAAAAAAAAAAGCGAGACAACCUCUUUAAUGCCUGGUCAGUCAUUCAUCACUCAAGUUACCCCCCCCCUUACAAUAAAAUGUAUAUAAAUUGUCAAUAUAGUCCUUGCUCGUAAAUAUAAUGAAAUUUUAAAUUAUUGUUAUUAUUAUUACUAUUCUUUAAAUUAUGACUAAAUUAAAAUACUUUUUGAAUUUGC